AAGUUCAGGAAACUGGAAGGAGAAACAGCUGCAAUGGGCUCCAGUGUGCGAAACGAUGUCUUGAAAAAGAACAAGAGAAGAAGAAAGAAGAGAAGAACAGAGGACUUUUCAUCCGAUAGCGAUUCCUCUGAUUCUGAUAAUAACGAUAAUGAUCAGCCCAGUGUAAUUGAAAUUGAAGUAGAUGACGACAGUGACCAGCCAGAUCACAAAAAGCCUAUGGUAGAACACGCAGGAGAGACAGCUUCUCCAAAACCUGAUUUGAUCUCAAAUUUGUCACCUAGCGAGAUCGAUAGCUUGAGAAUCAGAACAUCCCAGGCCAGAAAGAAAUUGAACAAAAUCACUUUAUCCAACUUUGAAAAUGAGCUUCAGAACAAGAAUAAUAACAACGAUUUAUCUGAAACCUCAUUUGAUAGGUCUUCCAUAAACUUAUCUGCGUUCAAAAAUCAUAUAAAAAACAGAUCAAACAUACUAAAUAGAGACAUAAAUGACAUUCUCAAUACCGAUGACACUACAGCCCAUACUAAGGACAAUAUAGACACCAUAAACACAAUGGAUAUUGAUGAAAAUCUAUCUCCAUUGCAAAUUGAGAGGAAAAACAGUCUAUUAGACGAUUAUUUAAGUCUAUUGAUUAAUACCUACGAUGAUGAUCUAGAUAAAUUACGAUCUUCUAGUGAUUUUAAUAACAAUACCUCUUUGAUAUUGCUAGCAAAUUUGCUCAAAAAUUCUGGUAAUAUUUUUUCAAUAGAUAAUUUAGAUAUGAUUUUAAAUAAACAUUAGUCCAUUAAUCAACCAAGCAAAUAACUAAACAACCAAAUAAUUUAUUAAUUUAAUAGCAGAUGAAUAAAACCAAUUACGAGGUGGUAGCUUGAUUCAAAUUGAAUGUUAUUUAUUAAACUAUCUAUCUAUUACACAAUAUACUAAUCUAAU